GGUCUUCCAACACUGGAAUCACUGUCACAUUUGGAUUUAUCGGAGAAUCGAAUUUCGACAGGUCUCGAGGCACUCACUUCGUGCCCCAAUCUAAAAUAUAUCAAUUUGUCGGGCAACAGAAUUGCCGAAUGGGCAGCCGUUGAGCCGCUGAAGAAACUGGAACAACUGAAAUCACUGGAUCUUUUCGGUAAUGAGAUAGCAGUUGACAUGGAAUACAGAAGGCAGAUUUUCGAGGUAAUUAUAUUCAGCACAAAAAUUAAUAUUAUUAGGACCGGUAUACAUAGACGGAUUCAGGGCGGUCUCCUGAGAGGGGAGGGGAGGGGGAGUGACGACUAUGAUGUCAACGACAUCGCUAUUAGCACUGCAACCUGA